CUAGCCCGUCAGAUUGUCAGAUUAUUAUUCGCGUACUACUUUCUACGUCGACACCACGGGCCUUAGAGCUAGUUCUGACACGCAGUGCUCAUAUAUCUCUCUAUCAGCGGAUAGUUUGCGCGUAGGGUUUUGGGGGCACUUUACGGCUCGUGUGGAUCCGCAUUUGUGCCGCCAGCGCAUGUGGAGGUCCUAGGAACUCGUCCGCGCCUGGCGUAAAGAGCGCGCGUUGAAAGCUAGCCGCCUCGGCGGUCUGCGAGUGCCCAAAAGCCUGGUGCUCUGCGAAGGCCCUAAAUCGGCGCGCGACUGCGAACAGAUCUCCAAAUCCGAUUGCUGCCGCGAUGGCGCGAUGGCGUGAUGGCGCGAUGGCGAUGGCGAUGACGCGCGGCAAGUUGUUUACGGAAAGUAAUGGCGGCCUGGGCAUGGUGGCACGCAUGGCCAUGCAAGUGGGUGGUCAUUCUGGUAUGCUCACGAUAGGGAGAUAUUGCCUAAAACCAGUUCAAUCUGGCAAUCGAGGAAUACGCGAAGUGACAUUCUAUGAGCAGUGCCUUCAUCGCGGCGAUGGCGUGGAGCAGCUCCAACCAUUUCUGUGUGAUUACCACGGUGUUAUAGUGUUGGGAACAAAUGCGUGCGAGCAGCACUAUCUCGUGCUGGAUGACUGUACGAAUGACAUGGCUCGGCCAUGUGCGCUCGACAUCAAGCUGGGAACGCGAACGACAGAGCCCAACGCUUCUUUGAAGAAGCAGCGCAAGCAGCUUGCAAAAUACCCUCCCCAAACUGAGUUGGGCUGCCGUCUUGUUGGUAUGCGUGUGUAGUCUGCCGAGUGACAUAUCACGUCGAUGGGUGAGGCGCCAGAAAUUUGACUUACACACAGGUGGUCUCGAAGCCAGAGUCAGUAUCUUGAGUUCGACAAGGCGUGGGGUUUCACCGUUCGUGAUGCAACGGGGAUUCGACAUGGCUUCAUCGAAUUUUUUGGUGGUCAUUCUGAGCUUACCAAUAGACGGUUGCUCACCAGGGAAUUUAUUAGGAGGCUCAGAGCCCUCCUCGACUGGUUCGAGCAUCAGGACCAGCUCGAAUUCAUUUCGUCUUCCCUUCUUCUUGUCUAUAAUGGUACUGGCGAAGCUCUGCUAGCUCCCCAAGCAGUACAGCUCAAGAUCAUAGACUUCGCACAUGUGCUCGCACAUGUGCGUAGGGGCGCUUUCUCAGACUCUGGGUAUAUCGAAGGCCUCAGGAAAGUAAUAUCUCUUCUCGAGGACAUCUCCCAUGCGAGACAUAUUGAAUUCCCAAUUGCCAAGCCUGCCAGUGCGCAAGCGGACUUGCAAGCGGUGCAAAUCAGCAUGUAAUCAAAGUCAGUGUAAUGUCAGAGUGUAGUCUGAGGCAUUGCGGGAAGCUGCGUAAAUUCCAAGUUUCUACCCGACGUACUCUACGCGUCCGAGUUACACAUGCACUAAGGUGUGUGUCUGCCCUGCGCAUUGCCCGAUGGGGAAGCCUGGAAGGGCCCACGCAAGGUUUACAGACACUUGGAGGUCGGAGGACGAGAACCAUUCGUCCAGCCCAAGCACCGGGAAGACGAAUCGGGGCCCGUCUACCGGGGAGCACAGGGUGCGAUGCAUAGGGAAAUAGAGUGUGUAGCUCCGGAUUUCCCCGGUAGCGUAGUGUAGUCGUCUAACGAAAUGGUUUCUCCCCGGGC